CGGAGCGGACGGACGCGCCUGGUGCCCCGGGGAGGGGCGCCACCAAGAGAGGAGGAGGCGGAGAAGGAGGUGGAGAGGAAGAGACGCCCUCUCUGCUGACACCCUCCCCACCCCGAGGCUCUGACCCCAGGGGCUAGGGACCUGACAAGUUUCUCCACCUUGGCUGCCUGAAGAGGCCGCUACCCUGGAGAGCCCUGAGCCCACCGCACCAGGGGCCCCAGCACCGCCCCGGUGGCCUAACGCGACAGUCUCAGGGACCACUGCAAGGUUUCCAGUUGCCUAGACAAGGAGCUGGGGGUCAGAGCAACAACCCUUCCAGCCACCUGCCUCGACUUCUGCCUCAGGCACCAGUCCCAGCCCUGUGCAUCCAACCCAGGUGACAUGCCGGUACUCUCCACCCCCCGGUCCUCCCGGGUGACCACGCUGAAGCGCACAGCUCUGGUCCUGGCCCUCACAGCCUAUGGAGCCCACAAAAUCUACCCUUUGGUGCGGCAAUACCUGGCUGCGACCAGGGGCCCUCAGGUACCAGCAGGGGAGGCCACGCAGGAGAUCUCUGGGGCCACAGCGGCUAAGGCUAGCGUGAACCGGGUGUUCUUACAGCGGCUCUUGGGGCUCCUGCGGCUGCUCUUCCCCAGGACCCUGUGCCGGGAAACGGGGCUGCUGGCGCUGCACUCGGCCUCCCUGGUGAGCCGGACUUUCCUGUCAGUAUAUGUGGCCCGCCUGGACGGUCGGCUGGCCCGCUGCAUCGUGCGCAAGGACCCACAGGCCUUCGGCUGGCAGCUCCUGCAGUGGCUCCUCAUCGCUCUCCCUGCCACCUUCAUCAACAGUGCCAUCCGGUACCUAGAGGGUCAGCUGGCCCUGUCUUUCCGCAGCCGUCUAGUGGCCCAUGCCUACAGCCUUUACUUCUCCCAGCAGACCUACUACAGAGUCAGCAACAUGGAUGGGCGGCUUCGCAACCCUGACCAGUCCCUGACGGAGGACGUGGUGGCCUUUGCUGCCUCCGUGGCCCACCUCUACUCCAACCUCACCAAGCCGCUCCUGGAUGUUGCCGUGACCGCCUACACCCUGCUUCGAGCAGCCCGCUCCCGUGGGGCCGGCACAGCCUGGCCCUCGGCCAUCGCUGGCCUCGUUGUGUUCCUCACAGCCAACGUGCUGCGAGCCUUCUCACCCAAGUUUGGCGAGCUGGUGGCAGAGGAGGCGCGGAGGAAGGGAGAGCUGCGCUACAUGCACUCUCGAGUGGUGGCCAACUCAGAAGAGAUCGCCUUCUAUGGGGGCCACGAGGUGGAGCUAGCCCUGCUGCAGCACUCCUACCAGGACCUGGCCUCACAGAUUAACCUCAUCCUGUUGGAGCGCCUGUGGUACAUCAUGCUGGAGCAGUUCCUCAUGAAGUAUGUGUGGAGCGCCUCGGGCCUGCUCAUGGUGGCCGUGCCCAUCAUCACCGCCACCGGCUACUCAGAGUCAGACUCAGAGGCAGUGAAGAAGGCGGCCUUGGAGAUGAAGGAGGAAGAGCUCGUGAGCGAGCGCACAGAGGCCUUCACUAUUGCCCGCAACCUCCUCACGGCUGCCGCGGAUGCCAUCGAGCGGAUCAUGUCAUCCUACAAGGAGGUGACAGAGCUGGCCGGCUACACAGCCCGAGUACACGAGAUGUUCCAGGUAUUCGAAGAUGUCCAGCACUGCCGUUUCAAGAGGCCCGGGGAGCUGGAGGAUGCUCAGGCAGGGCCUGGGGCUGUGGCGAGGUCUGGUGUCCGUGUAGAAGGGCUCCUGCAGAUCCGAGGCCAAGUGGUAGAUGUGGAACAGGGAAUUAUUUGUGAGAACAUCCCCAUCAUCACGCCCACGGGAGAGGUGGUGGUGGCCAGCCUCAAUAUCAGGGUGGAAGAGGGCAUGCACCUGCUUAUCACAGGCCCCAACGGCUGCGGCAAGAGCUCUCUCUUCCGGAUCCUGGGCGGCCUGUGGCCCACGUACGGCGGCGUGCUGUACAAGCCCCCCCCGCGGCGCAUGUUCUACAUCCCUCAGAGGCCCUACAUGUCCGUGGGCUCCUUGCGGGACCAGGUGAUCUACCCAGACUCCGUGGAGGACAUGAGAAGGAAAGGCUACUCGGAGCAGCACCUGGAAGCCAUUCUGGACAUCGUGCACCUGAACCACAUCCUGCAGCGGGAAGGAGGUUGGGAGGCCGUGUGCGACUGGAAGGAUGUGCUGUCGGGGGGUGAGAAGCAGAGAAUCGGCAUGGCCCGCAUGUUCUACCACAGGCCCAAGUACGCCCUCCUGGAUGAGUGCACCAGCGCUGUGAGCAUCGACGUGGAAGGCAAGAUCUUCCAGGCGGCCAAGGAUGCUGGCAUUGCCCUGCUUUCCAUCACCCACCGGCCCUCCCUCUGGAAGUACCACACGCACUUGCUGCAGUUCGAUGGGGAGGGUGGCUGGAAGUUCGAGAAGCUAGACUCCGCCGCUCGCCUGAGCCUGACUGAGGAGAAGCAGCGGCUUGAGCAGCAGCUGGCGGGCAUUCCCAAGAUGCAGCGGCGCCUCCAGGAGCUCUGCCAGAUCCUGGGCCAAGGCUCCGGGGUCCUCCAGGGUGCUGCUCCCCCCUGAGCCCUGGGAUCACGUGAAGGCGACAGCAGCACUUGCCCACCCACCCCCACACCCAGCCCUGCCACAGGCCUACCUUGCAUGCCUUUCCUUCCCAGGCCUCCUGGCCGCAGGCCUGCCCUGCCUAGAGGACUGCCAACAAAACCACAUGCCUGUCCCUGGGCCCCCUUCCCUGGGUGGGGCAGGUGGUCCUUUCUUCUCUUCCAGGAGCGGGAAGGGGUGGGGGUGAGCCCCCAGCCCACCGCCAGCCAGUCUGUGUGGAGUCUUGCGUGUGGGGAGCCCCGCUCUCCUGACGCUGCAGUCCCUCUUAUUCCCUCAUCUUCAGUCCCUUGGAGACCCUACGGGCCAUCCAUGGCUACCGCCCAAAUGGCCCACCGAGGCUCCCAUCCCACGGGACACCCUUCCUGCCGUAGAAACAGCCAAACAGGACCCACAGCCAGACAGGGCCCCUUGCGUGCACCCCUUCUCCCUGCCAGUAGUCUCCAAGAGCCCGCGGGAGGAAGGAUUUCUUAGCGAGCGAUAGUAAGAAUGUAGCCCCUGACCUUCUUGGCCCCUAGCCUUCUUUCCUUCUACAAGCUAACUUAUUGGAUUCCUGUUUGGAGCCAUCUCAAUUGCCAACACGAGCACCCUGCCAGCAGGGAAGGCGGCCUGGGCCAUGGUCCUCCCACAGGUGACCUAGCCCUUGAGCCAGCCCCCAGCCGCCUGUUGCCCCACCAGCCUACACUGCCAGCCACCUCCGUGGGGUGGGGGGGGUACAGGCCCACUGAAGGGGGAAACAGGUGCUGGGGCUGCCGGGCAUGAGAGCACCUGUGUGCCCAACUCAGUGCCAAAGAGGGGUCAGCCAGGGGAGCCGUGUCUGCAAAGCCAGCCGCCACCUAAGAGGGAAACCCCCACCACAGCCACCGCAUGUGCCUUUCUAGGUCCUCAGCCCUCUGGCUGGGGAGCAUCCCUCAAUCCCUCAGUAAACGCCUUCCCCGGAAGGUGCAGUCCUGCCUCCUGGCCUCUUUGUCUGGCAGGGCUUGGGGGGGAUGGGGAGGGGCAUCAGGUUGCCUGCCCCCACCCAAAGACAGUUCAGCGUAUUCUCCAGCUGACAUGGUGGGGAGGUAGAUUUAACAACAUCUCACAAAAAUACUGGCUAAGCGCAAAUAGGACUUUGGACCAAUCCCAGGGCCAGUGCUGGGGUGGAGAGGAGGGGGUUGAUGCCAGUCUCUCAUGCAAUGAGAGCUUCCAGAGAGACACUGGGAAAAGCAGCGAGCUGUGAAGUGGGCUGAGGAGUGGCCACAGAGGAUGAGUCCCGACCCUGUGGGGUAAAGAGGAACAGGGAAGAAGCAGUUCUAGACCUUCUGCGAAGAGGGAUCACUUGCACAAAAGCCCAGAGGUGAACCAGGAGCAAGACACAGGAUGUCAGCAUAGUGCGGAGGGCAGAGGAAGGGAGGUACCGGGGCCAUGCCAAGGAGCCCGGACUGACUGCGGAGGCAGCAAUGGAAACAACGUGCAGUUAUGCCUGUGGCAGGCAGUGGGGGGUGUGGUUUGGAGGCUCCUUGUCCACGGGACCCAGCACUUCAGUCCUGGGCUUGAACCCAAGAAAAUUGAAAACAGGUGUUCAAUCAAAACCUUAGACGUGAAUGUUCGUAGUAGGGCUGUUGGUGAUCAUCAAAAAGCGAAAACAAUCCAGAAGUCCAUCAACAUGAAUGGAUAAACCAAGUGCGGUCUCUCUAUACAAUGGAAUGCUAUUUGGCUAAAACGAGAAUGAGGUUCUGACCCCGGCUGCAAUGUGGAUGAACUGUAAGAACGUGACGCUGAGUGAGAGAAGCCAGACACUGAAGACCACAUACUGUGUGAUUUCACUGGUAGGAAACGUCCAGAAGAGGCAAAUCUAUAGAGACACAAAGCAGAUGAGUUGUUGCCAGGGGCUGGGUUUCCUUUUGGGGAGAUGUUCUGGAACUGUAGCGGUGAUAGUUACACAACAUUAUGGCUGUAAUAAAUAUCACCAGAUUGUGCCCUUUAAACGGUUAA